UAGCAUUCCGUUCCCUUUCUUGCGGGCCAAUACGAGACACAGAGGCGAUCGAGAGGGGUCAGAGAUUCGGGAGUCGGCGGCGACGCACGAGGAAGCGGUCGGGGAUAGGCCGCCGCCCGCCGGUGAGGGUCUCGGAGAGCGUUACAGAUGGUGCCGGCGAAGGGGUGGAGCCGGAGGGUCGGGAGCGCGCGGUCGUUCGUGGGGAACGCGCUGGGCGGCGUGCGCGGUUGGACCAACGUCGCCUCCUGGGCCGUCGCCGGGACCCUCGCCUACUACCUCUGGGUCCGACCCGCGCGCCAGCUCCAGAAGGAGCAGCAGGAACGAGCUGCUUUAGCUGCUGCCUCCGAUCCAUACCGUUAUGUCGAGAAACGGAAGCCAAUUCCUGACCCCCAGGACACUAGCCUAACUUACGGGAAGAAGAAGGAUCCUCCGAAGUCUGACAACUAGUUCAUCUGGGAACAUCCUGUAACAAAUGCGGCGUCCGUUUGACUGGCAACGUCCCAAUAUGGGAUUUCUGCAAGCCUGAUUGCUACCACAUGAUAAGCAUAUACCGUCAAAAAGGUUGCUUCCUCAUGCUAGCAAGCCAGGUCUUGUUGUCGCGAGUCUCUUCGUUUUGAGUAAUUUAGUGUUCAUCUUUCGAGUUUCCUGCUUGUUUGGACGGAUACCGUUUUGUUAGACACGAGGAAUCAUACUGGAAAUGUAAAUGUGUAAGUGCUAGAUGUUCAGAAAUCGGUGUAUGGAGACGCUACAAUCCGUGCAUUGUGACCGUCACUGCUACUGCUACUGUGCUAGUGUUUCCAACAUGCUAAAUAAUAAAUCCACUGUCUAUGAUGGGAGUGCAA